UUUGAUAACCGUGCCGUGGCACAGCUGCCGAGCCCACAGAUUGUGUGAGGUGAUUGCUGGUCCUUUAUAGGUGGCUUGCCGAGUGAUGUUGCUGCUGAUGGCGUUUCCCAGUUGAAGUCGAGGGUCCAGUUUUCCGCGUGCGGUAAAUGGGCAGAGUCGGCGAUGGCGCUGAUGAAGCGGUGGCUGUCUUCGACGGCGCUCCAAGAAAACUCGGCUGGGGACCGGGAGGUGUCCAGGAGGGUCCGGGAGGCGUCGAAGAACACGGUGGCUUGCCGAGUGAUGUUGCUGCUGAUGGUGUUUCCCAGUUGAAGUCGAGGGUCCAGUUUUCCGCGUGCGGUAAAUGGGCAGAGUCGGCGAUGGCGCUGAUGAAGCGGUGGCUGUCUUCGACGGCGCUCCAAGAAAACUCGGCUGGGGACCGGGAGGUGUCCAGGAGGGUCCGGGAGGCGUCGAAGAACACGGUAAGCAGAAGGCAAGCGGAGGCGUGAAAGGGCACCUGAAUGAUGAAGAGAGCCAGAUUUGAUAACCGUGCCGUGGCACAGCUGCCGAGC